AUGUGCACAAUAUUUGGUGAACAGUGUUGCACGUUCAUACCAAACUACACUGAUGCAGAAAGUAGCCUGACCAAAGCACUGGAAGGCCUGCACACCCUUAACGCAGACGAUAAAGCUGUUCAGAUGCUCUUCCUGGUGGACGACAAGGAAGAUGAAUAUGAAGAUGAGAAUACCUACCUGGAUGUUGAAGGACUGGAGGAGGUUGAAGUCACCAAGAUGCCAGUGACUGGUGUCCCUGUGAAGAGUGAAGAUGAUGAGGUGAAAGGUGAAAGUGAGGAGAGGGGAGGGGGGGAGCCUCCAAGCAGCAGCUCAACACAACACAUGACAACAGAAGCUGAUGGAGACCACUGUGGAGGAUCACAAGCAGACAAGCUCUUAGCUCCACUAUCAGAUAGUGAGGACACAACGUCACACUCUCCUGACACUGAUGAUGAAGACUCUAAAGAUGAUAAGACAUGUCACACUGACAACACUCACUUCGCAUCUUCUCUCUGUCACAAAACUUUUAAAUACCAAAGUCGUCUGAAAAGACACAUGAGAAAACACACUGGAGAAAAACCUUUCAUUUGUUCAAUCUGUGGUAAAGGCUUUACACAAAGUUGGAGUUUGAAAAAGCACAUGGGAAUGCACCGUGGUGAAAAACCUUAUAUCUGUUCAUUCUGUGGUAAAGGUUUUACACAAAGUCAACAUUUGAAAAUACACAAGAGAACACACACCGGUGAAAAAUCACAUUUCUGUUCAAUAUGUAGAAAAUAUUUUGUACAACGUCGAGAUUUGAAAGUACACAUGAGAACACACACUGGUGAAAAACCUUUUUCCUGUGUGGUCUGUGGUAAAGGUUUUACACAAAGUCAUAAUUUGAAUGUACACAAGAGAACACACACUGGUGAAAAACCUUUUUCUUGUUCAAUCUGUGGUAAAGGUUUUACAGACAGUCCAACUUUGAAAAGACACAAGAGAACACACACUGGUGAAAAACCUUUUUCCUGUUCAAUCUGUAACAGAAGCUUUGGUAUUGCGGUUAAACCUUCAGAUGAUCACACUAACGCUCUCCCACCUGAACUAAAGUGGAUGUGA